GUAAGGAGCUACGUGCAGGAAGCAUAAACCCAGGACGUCUGGAAGGAAUUAGACGCUGAAGAAGCAGUAAAAGUAGCGUGGUUGGGCAGUUCAUGACUUUAACCUGUAUUACCUACAGCUCUUCUCACCAACAUUGACUACUGUUGAAUUACAAUUUUUUUCUUUUUUCUUUAUUUUGUUUAUUUCUUUUAUUCGUUGUAUAUAUUACACUUAUGCCAAAGUUGACUAACAAGAUGAUUUGUAUACAUUUUAAAUGUAUACAUUAUAUAAUUAAUGUAUGCAAAGAGAGAAGUUAAAAAAAAAAAAAAAAUACAAUACUUGAAUGAAUGUUUUCAACCGUUCACAGCAAGGAGAAUUGGAAAAUUGCACAAACUUUUUUCUUUAUGAAGAGACAUUUUAAGAAGCUUCAUGAGUGUUUCUGCAAAGGUGACUCAAGAAGAUACGUUGCUGAGAAGUUUUCUCCAAGUUGAACGCUGCUAACCGAGCCUAUGCUGACUGCAUCCAUUUAAAGAAACGGCACAGCCACACACAGCUGCUUCAAGAUGAAAUGUGACAAAGCUCUCACCUACCUAAGAAUUUUCGGGACAACAAUGUUUGGAGUCUCGCUCCUCGUGGGGAUCUCUACCGCCUACAUAAUGGGCUACCAGUUUUUCACCACGGCACGAAACCACUUGUCCUUCGGGCUGUACGGGGCCAUCCUGGUCAUCCACCUCAUCAUCCAGAGCCUGUUUGCUGUCCUAGAACACCGGAACAUGAGGAGAUCCAUGGAGACGCCCAUCAAACUCACCAAAUCACUGGCCCUGUGCAUUGCAGCCUAUCAGGAGGACCCGGCCUACCUGAGGAAGUGCUUGGUAUCGGUCAAGAGGUUGACCUACCCGGGCAUCAAGGUCAUCAUGGUGAUCGACGGGAAUAACGAGGACGACAAAUACAUGAUGGAGAUCUUCCGGGAGAUCAUGGGGUGGGAUAAAGCCACCACGUACGUCUGGAAAAACAACUACCACCACCGGGGAUCUGAGGAGACGGACGAGAUGUACGCUGAGAGCCUGCAGGCCAUCUCGCGCCUCGUGCUCAAUAAUAAAUGUGUCUGCAUCAUGCAGAAGUGGGGAGGCAAGAGGGAAGUAAUGUACACAGCCUUCAAAGCCCUGGGGAGGAGUGUGGACUAUGUUCAGGUGUGUGACUCUGACACCAUGCUGGAUCCUGCGUCCUCUGUGGAGAUGGUGAAGGUUCUGGAGGAAGACCCCAUGGUGGGAGGAGUGGGAGGAGACGUUCAGAUCCUGAACAAAUACGAGUCCUGGAUCUCGUUUCUUAGCAGCGUCCGUUACUGGAUGGCCUUCAACAUCGAGCGAGCGUGUCAGUCCUACUUCGGCUGCGUCCAGUGUAUCAGCGGACCACUGGGGAUGUACAGGAACAACCUGCUCCACGAGUUCAUAGAGGAUUGGUACAACCAGACCUUCAUGGGCAGCCACUGUAGCUUCGGCGACGACCGCCACCUCACCAACCGCGUGCUGAGCCUGGGCUACGCCACCAAGUACACGGCCCGGUCCAAGUGCCUGACCGAGACCCCCAUCACCUACCUGCGCUGGCUGAACCAGCAGACCCGGUGGAGUAAGUCUUACUUCAGAGAGUGGCUCUACAACGCCAUGUGGUUCCACAAACACCACCUCUGGAUGACCUACGAGGCUGUCAUCACCGGGUUCUUCCCCUUCUUCCUCAUCGCCACGGCGAUACAGCUGUUCUACCAGGGGAGGAUCUGGAAUAUCCUUCUCUUCCUGUUGAUCGUCCAGGCGGUCGCCCUCAUCAAGUCCUCCUUUGCCUCUUGCAUGAGGGGCAACAUCGUCAUGGUCUUCAUGUCCUUCUACUCAGUGUUGUACAUGUCCAGUCUGCUACCGGCCAAGAUGUUCGCUAUCGCCACUAUAAACAAGGCUGGCUGGGGCACGUCAGGGAGGAAGACGAUCGUGACUAACUUCGUAGGGCUCGUUCCCAUAUCGGUCUGGUUCACCAUCCUCUUCCUUGGCAUUAUCUAUACGGUCGUCCAGGAAACCAGAAAAGAUUUUCCUUUUCCAGACUCUGAAAAGAUAGUCUUAAUCGUUGGUGCGAUAGUGUACGCCAGCUACUGGGUCAUGCUCUUGACGUUGUACAUGGUACUGAUCACUAAAUGUGGCAAGAGGAAGAAAGAACAGCAGUAUGACAUGGUGCUGGAUGUAUGACAUCCCCCUCCUUUCCUUCUCCACUGAAACUCCUCGAUUGGGUCUUAAACGCCACUCUAUUUCCUGUGUAGUGCACUACUUUUGACCAGGGUCCAUACAGGGUUCUGGUCAAAAAGAGUAACACACUUUUUCCGGAUCAGGGUGCAGUUCGAGACGCAGACAUGCUCCCUCUCAACGUUUACAAAGUGAAGAAUCUCAAACUGCUCAUUGAUUGUUGGACUCUCGGCAGGUGACGUGAAGUGACGAUGCCAGAAGAGCGAUAUCAUUGCUGCUGUGACUGACUGCAACAAGAAACUACAGAUAUUUCCUUCUGAAAUAUUAUGAUGAUGAGGUAAAAAAAAAUAUAUUAAAAAAUUGAACUCUUGUUGGUGAUGUGUUUUGCCAAAUGGAAAAGCACCAAAUGGACAUCCUGUUUUUCCACAUAGAUACACAGAGAUGAUAUGCAUAAUGUCCUAUGCACUUUUACGUCUCACUCCCAUUGUGCAUAAUGCUUGACAGAGUCAUUUGAAGAUGAAAUACCUCAGUGGUUAUGCUUUUCAUUGUAUGAGUGAGUGAUCGGGAUGCACCCAGAAAAUGGCUCGUUCUUGAUUAUAACAUAAUUUAUGAUGUUUUUUUGGUCAUAUUUGUCCUCUUUUUUUAUACACAGUUGUUAAUGAAAGUCAAAGCUGGAAUUUCUCAGUUCUUUGGCCAUGCUGUAUCUGUUGACGUGUUACUUUGUAAUUUACAUAUUAUAUUUUAAUGCCUUUUUAUAUAGACUUUUUUAAAUUCUAUUUUUGCUUUAAUAAACACCAAAGAUUCUUUAUUUUCAUUCAUUUUUUUUAUAUAAAAUGGAGAGAAAAAAAUGCAUUGUGCAUUCAACUGUUAUACCAAUGAUGUGUAUAUCUGACCAAAAAUGUGAAGUUAACAGCUGGGUUUUUGUCUGCAAUGAUAACAAUAAAAUGCAAUUCUAGGGAUAAGUUAUUGAAUACAAGAAGGGUGAUUAACCUGUGUUUUUUUUUAAUGUACAUUGAAAGAAAACCAGCGAUAUUUAUAAGAACAUUCUGUGGUUUAUAGAUAAUUAUAUAUUUGAUAAUAUACAUUUCAUAAUAGACCUUAUAGAGACCAUCGUUGGUUGUGGAGAGGAAGCCAUUCUGCAGGAUUUUGCUCCAGCCCUAAUCUUAAAUAGCCUUUCGCAAAUCUAAAUGAGCAAGACAGCACAAACAGAUCUGGGACCAGGCUAGCUCUAACACACUCUAAUUUACUGAUCAGCACAAACUAAUCUGGGACCAGGCUAGCUCUAACACACUCUAAUCUACUGAUCAGCACAAACUGAUCUGGGACCAGACUAGCUCUAACACACUCUAAUUUACUGAUCAGCACAAACUGAUCUGGGACCAGGCUAGCUCUAACACACUCUAAUUUACUGAUCAGCGCAAACUAAUCUGGGACCAGGCUAGCUCAAACACAUUCUAAUCUACUGAUCAGCACAAACUGAUCUGGGACCAGGCUAGCUCUAACACACUCUAAUCUACUGAUCUGGGACCAGGCUAACUGUUCCUGCAGGGCAGGAGCAAAAGCCUGCCACGCAGUAUCUCUUCAGGCUGCGGUUUUGACCACCUCUUGCCUUACUGUAGGACUUCCUGAAAUAGGUUUCAAGGUUUCAUACGAGUUCAGAGGAGGACAUUCGUCACAUGAUGCAUUCUGAAAACUGUAUAAACAAUGUGUUAAUCCACAUCAGAUUAAAAUGCCAAAAGAUACAUUUUCGCAAAAAUGUAAUGAUCUAUUCCAGAGUAUUGAUUAUUGAUUAUUGACUCUUUAGAGAGUUUAAGAACACAUUUUAAUCCAUUUUAUUAGAAUUGAUCAGACCGAAUAUUGAACCGUGACUUUGGGAUCAUGGGUAGUAUUAUCCUGAAGCACUUUUGUGUUGUGCCAAAAAAUAAAUAAAUAAUGUCUUA